GGAGUACCGCAGCACCGACCAUGGCUGGCGGCGCGCUCCGCUGGCUGCUGCCGCUGCUAUGGGCGACGGCGGGCCUGCGCGGCUCGGCGGCCUCCUCCGCCGCGUCGACGCCGCCCGCCGGUCUGCUGGCCCGCACCAUGGGCCUGCUCGGCUGGAGCCCGUCGGCAGGGGUGGACCGGCCGGCAGCCGACAACGCCACCGAAAUCGUGGAACGCUUCAGCACUCGUCUGCGUGUCGGCUUCGCCGAUCGGCUGAAGGCGGUAGGACUAGUUCACCAGUCCGCCAGGGAGCGGCAGCACCAUCGCACCAAGCGCAACCACCCCAUACAGCUACCGCUGACCAGAGACGAGCACGGUGUGGAGGUGCUGACUGAUGAUGGAGCUGAGCUGGUGUGGGAGAUUCCUGCUGCAGGUGCACAUCAUGUGCACAUCUUCAGUGACAAGGGCAAAACCUAUGCUCUGGCAGCCUUUGGGAGAGGGUCGAGGGUCAGCUGGCUGUAUGAGCUCAUGGACAACGCCUGGGUGCCGCGCUACAACUUUUCGUCUUUCGACUGCGUCAACAACCGGGCCGACAAACGCGGUCUGAUUCUGUACGAGUUCGUCGGCGGCGAGAUCCGCUAUCAGCACGGCCUGCCCGUGGCGUUCCCCACCGACGUGGCCAUCUGGUGA